AUCACAUUUUGCUAAAAAAAAAAAACAAAAAAAAGAUGGCCUCUCAUCUUCACCUCUUCCUUACCUCCUUACUUGUUCUUCUCUUCAUCUCACCUUCCACAUCUCUCACAUGUUCUUCCCAAACUUUCUCAGCCAACACAAAAUUCACCAAUUGCACUGAUCUUCCUUUUCUCAAAUCUUUCCUCCAUUGGACAUUUGACACAACCAAACACACCCUAUCUAUUGCCUUCAUUGCUUCUCCAGCUUCACCUGAUGGUUGGAUUGCUUGGGGCAUUAACCCUCAUGCCCCAACUAUGCUUGGGACACAAUCCCUUAUAGCAUUUAAAAAUGCCAAAGGCUCCGUAAUUGUUAAGACGUACAACCUUACGUCUUAUAAAUCAAUUACGGAGUCUAAGCUUUUGUACAAUGUUCUUGAUUCCAAAGCAGAGUCGUCAUCUGCUGGGGUUAUGAGAAUAUUUGCCACGUUGGAGUUGCCUGAAAAUACGACGACAGUGAAUCAGGUCUGGCAGGUGGGACCCGCGGUUAAAGAUGGAAUGCCAGUGAUGCAUAAGCUUGAGGCUGAUAAUUUGAAAUCUAAAACUACUUUGGAUUUGGCUACUAGUGAAGGGAAUAAGAAUAAUAAUGGUACGGCUAGUACUAGUAAUAGUAGUAGUGGGCAAAGUGGAAAAGAAACUGGAGGAUCUUCAAGAAUGUUGAAGAGUGAAACUAGUGUUUUUGCCUUCUUGUUCUUCCUUGGAGUUGUGCUUUUGCAGCUUUAGAUGCGGUUCAAGUUUUUGUCCUUUUCUUGUAUUACUAUUGUUUUCUGUUUUGGCGAUGUAAUAACGACUGUUAGUGGUAGUGCACAAUUAAACCAGUUUACAAA